AUGGAGCUGUUCUCGGAGAUCUCUGCGCCGUCGCUGGCGGUGGCAUCGGCCCUCACCGUCGCGGCUGGAGCGUAUCUGAACGCAAAAUUCUCCGUCUCCACUGAUCUCAACAACAUAUUCAAUGACCGGGCGUGGGCAAAUCGCCUAGGGCAGCGCAUCGGUGAGCUCAAAGGGGUAGCUACUGUGUAUAAGAUGCUGGAGCGAGUUGUGGAUGUUCAAGGUUAUGGUGAUCGCGAUGCGCUGUGGUUUGAGAACAAGACAUGGACCUACAGUCAAUUGAAGGACCUUGUUGAUCGCUUUGCUGCUCUGUUGCACGCCAGAGAUAUUAAGGCGGGUGAUUUCGUGGCCGUGUUCAACACCAACUCCCCUGAGAUGGUUGUGACCAUCUAUGCCCUGUCGAAAUUAGGCGCAGUAGCUGCUUUGAUUAACAACAACCUGCGCGACGACACUUUCGUCCACUGCCUGGACGUCUCCGACUCCAAGUUCAUCAUUUCUACCCCAGAUCUGUCCCAGUUUGUGUGCUCCGAUCUGCCUCAUAUCGCACUCAAUAUCUCAUCCUUUGACGGCGUCUCGGUCGAGCCGACCGAGUUGAUUACUGUUGCCGAUCUCCAGCGAUUCUCUCCCACUGGCCUGGCGCCAGCCAACCGUUCGAUCAAGGACCUCUGUGCACUGAUCUAUACCUCAGGCACGACCGGAAAGCCCAAGGCUUGCGGUAUUCGCAACAUGAUGAACAUGAUCACCUCCACUCCCCUCAGUACAGACACCCGAAGCCCCUCUAAGUACUAUCCCCUGCGCAGCUACUCCGCUCUUCCUCUUUUCCACGGCACGGCCUACUUCACCGGGCUUUGCUACUCGGUCGGUAACGCGGGCACCCUGUGUUUACGUCGCAAGUUCUCCGCCUCCCAGUUCUGGAAAGAUGUGCAUGACUCCAGAGCCACCCGUAUCCUGUACAUCGGAGAACUCUGCCGAUAUUUGCUGGCGACACCUCCAUCCCCUUACGACCAAUAUCAUGCCUGCAUUGUUGCAACGGGCAAUGGCCUGCGUGGGGAGAUCUGGGAGCGGUUCAAGCAAAGAUUCAAUAUCCCCGAGAUCCGCGAAUUCUACCGGUCCACUGAGGGAGUGGCCAAGUUUGACAACCACGGGCCAGGCGUAUGGGGCGCUGGUAAGGUGGGCUUCUCGGGGCCUCUUCGAAGGUUCAUGGAGGAGGAUACUUUCAUUGUAAAGUAUGAUACAGAGACGGAGAUGCCAUAUCGGGACCCGGCGACUGGGUUCUGCAUCAAGGCCAAGCUGGGCGAGGAAGGAGAGGCGAUCGGCCGUGUCAAGGAUCGGGCACUGCUGACCGAAUAUCUGCACAACGAAGAUGCCACCGAGAAGAAGCUUCUGCGGGAUGUGUUCGUGAAGGGCGAUCUGUUCCAACGCACGGGCGAUCUUGUCGUCCAGGACGAGUCCGGCUGGGUGAGAUUCCAGGACCGUGUCGGAGAUACCUUCCGCUGGAAGGGCGAGAACGUAAGCGCUGGCGAAGUCAGAGACCAUAUUUGCCGAAUCCCGGCAGUACACGACGCUGUGGUCUACGGCGUGAAACUGAGCGGCUAUGACGGUCAAGCCGGUGCUGCAGGCAUCACCCUUGAGGAUCCUGCUAUGGAAGUGGAGUUCAUGGCAAACCUGCACAAGGAGCUCAAGAAGAAGGGUGUGCCGUCAUAUGCGAUUCCGAGACUCGUUCGUCUCACGGAGAAGGUGGCGACUGGUGUCACAUUCAAGCAAGCCAAGGGUGACCUGACCAAGAAGGGCUGGAAUCCCCGUACUGAGGCCGGAGGCGACAAGCUGUACUGGUUGAACGGCACAACAUACCAGAAACUAGACGAGCAGAGCUGGUCUUCGAUAGAUAGUGGACUGGCCAAACUGUGA